UCCCUCCACCACAACACAUCCUCAAUCUCCCCCCAACCAAUGGCACAAACCGACGACUCCACCGUCGCCGGAGCACCCUCCACCGGCAGCCCCACUUCCAUCUCCAACAAAAAACACAAUCUCUUCAUUUUAGCCCUCUCAGCUGCGGUUCUCCUCGCCGGCGUCUCGUCGGACGACCACGUGACCGCCGUGAGAAGCACGUGCGCGGUUACUCUGUAUCCCGAGCUAUGCCAGUCGACAAUAUCCACCGCCGUGGAAACCAGCUCGAAGAAGGUGUCGAGUUCAAAAGACAUAAUCGAAGCGUCGGUAAACAUCACGAUUUCUGCAGUGAAACAAAACUAUAAAAGCAUCAAGAAAUUGCUUGAAACGACGAAGCAUCUGACAAAGCGAGAGAAAAUUGCUCUCCAUGACUGUCUGGAAACAGGGGAGGAGACGCUUAGAGAGCUGUACGAGGUAGUGGAAGAUCUCAAUGAGUAUCCGAAAAAGAAAUCUCUGCCACAAUACGCCGAUGACCUCAAAACCUUACUCAGUUCCGCCAUUACUAAUCAGGAGACAUGCGUGGACGGAUUUUCACACGACAGAGCCGACAAGAAGAUACGAGAAUCAUUGCUAGCAGGACAAAUUCAUGUCGAGAAAUUGUGCAGUGUUGCCUUAGCCUUGAUUAAGAAUCUCACCGACACCGACAUUGCCAAUCAUUACAACAUCCGAGGAAGGUCCAUGGCCAUGUCGGAAUUUAAUUGGCCGGAUUGGAUGUCGCCCGGUGACCGGAGGCUUUUGCAAGCGUCGUCUACGGCGACUCCGGAUGUAGUAGUGGCAGCUGAUGGAAGUGGCGAUUUCCAGACGGUGUCGGCAGCUGUGGCGGCGGCGCCGAGUAGGAGUAGCCGGAGAUAUAUAAUAAGAAUUAAAGCGGGGGUUUAUAGGGAAAAUGUGAAUGUGCCGAGUAGUAAGACGAAUAUAAUGUUCUGGGGAGAUGGAAGAACCACCACCAUAAUCACCGGGAACAGGAAUGUCGUCGACGGCAGCACCACCUUCAACUCCGCCACCGUUGCGGCGGUGGGAGGAAGGUUCUUGGCGAGAGAUAUUACGUUCCAGAACACCGCCGGUCCAUCGAAGCACCAAGCGGUGGCUCUCCGCGUCGGCUCCGACCUCUCAGCCUUUUACCGCUGCGACAUGCUCGCUUAUCAAGACACGCUUUACGUCCACUCCAACCGUCAAUUCUACGUCAGCUGCAUCAUCGUCGGCACCGUUGACUUCAUCUUCGGCAAUGCGGCCGCCGUCAUUCAAAACUCCGACAUCCACGCCCGUCGCCCCAAUCCCGGCCAAAAGAAUAUGGUCACUGCACAGGGAAGAACCGACCCAAAUCAGAACACCGGGAUCGUCAUCCAGAAAUGCCGAAUCGGAACCACCUCCGAUUUGCAGCCGGUGAUCAGAAAUUUCCCCACGUUUCUGGGGCGGCCGUGGCAGAGAUACUCGAGGACGGUGGUUAUGCAGACGAGCAUUAGCAAUGUGAUUGAUCCGGCGGGAUGGCACAUUUGGGAUGGGAAUUUUGCGCUUGAUACUCUGUUUUAUGCAGAGUAUCAGAAUAGUGGGGCCGGUGCUGAUACCUCCAGAAGAGUGACGUGGAAGGGGUACAGGGUUAUUAGCAGUGCGGCGGACGCUGAGAGCUUCACGGCUGGGAAGUUCAUCAGCGGCGGCACGUGGCUGAGCUCCACCGGAUUCCCAUUUUCACUCGGUCUGUAGAAUUAAUAAGCUUCGGACUUUGUGUGUAAUGACUAGUGGCUGUAUUGUUGGUGUUCUGUUGCAUCAUCAUUAAUAAAAUGUCAGUAAUAGGAUAUAAAUGGUU